AUACGUGUUAAAAGCAUGUCAUUUGCGUGUACGAGCGCUUGGUUUAAUGCAGCGUGCAGACCGUAUUUUUAGCAUAUUGCCACAGGCAGGCGGAGCUAAGGAGGCUGAGAUGGAGGGAUGCUGCUGAAUAGCAGGUGGAGACCGCGGAUGUUUACGGGAUGCACUUUGCUGAGGGAGGAUCAGACUCAGAGGAAGCUGGAUAGGAGAUUUCUUUCGACGUGAAAAGUAGCCUACAUGUCACACUGUGGACGGUUUAGUAUUUCUUUGUAAUCUUGCAGAGCACAGAUUUAACGUUGCUCCCAGCUGCUCAGUGGACCGACAGGCUGUGAAAAGGCUCCGUCUCUCUGUCGCGUCGCGGGAGGUUGCGACGAUGUGAAGCUCCAUCGUUGGGUCGACGGCCGCAGCCUUUUCCCUGGAACCUGAUAUUAUGCAGGGAGCAAGGGACACUGGACGGAUUAAAGGGGAACAAAGCAGCGGUUUAGAAAACCUUUUACAAACUGGCAGUAUUAGCCAACUAUGGUCGACCCCUCGGAGGCUGAGGAGCAGAACAAGUGUAAAGGCCCGCACCUCGACACAUCAGCCGUGGCCACUGAAGACCCUCGGCUGCCAGAACAGGCCGAUGGUGCGACAACAGAGGAGGAUGGGGAUGCCGGAUUCAAGACGCCGCCCUCCGGCAGUCCUGAACGGAGCCCCUGCCACGCCGCUUCCCCGGCGGGGCCAGACGCCUCCUCUCAGGGGGCCCCACCUGAGCAACCACAGACUCAGACUGACAGAGCUCCGUCACCAAAAUUGCACCUGGACCUGUAUAACUUUGACUCCCCAGCCGCAGAGGGUAGCCGCUACGUGUUGACAAGCCCUCACUCUCUGGAGGCGUGUGCUCGAUGUGGGGUCAAACCUGUAGAGCUCCUGCCCCGUCCGCUGGCUGACUUUGCCCGGGAGGCUCCCGGCCGCUCCAUGCGUGUUGCGACAGGACUGUUUGAAGUCUACGAGAAGGACAGGCACACCAAACUCAGGCAGUGCAGGGAGGAGAGGGAGAGGAUUGUCCGAGAAGAAAAAAGAAGGAUCCUGCAGGCGACAGUCAAUACCGGCAGCAGUGCGUCACCCUCCUCUGCGGAGCAGCAGCAGCAGCACAAAGUCUCCUCUGGCUCCGCUCAGCCUCCUAAAUCUGGGCCAGUGACCUCCAGCGCAGCCCCUGAUUUCGUAGCAUCCUCUAGAGCCACGGCACCAGGUCCAACCUCUAAAACAGGCACAGCUCUUUUAUCUAAAGCUCCCAGCUCCAGUACCUCCCCUAAAUCUCAGUCCUCAAAAUCUGCUUCCACAACCUCUACACCAUCCUCCAAGGGUGGUUUCCAAGGAUCCGCCAAGCAUCCUUUGUCCUCCCCAUCUGAGCAAUUAAAGACCACACGGCCGCUCUCGUCCGGCCCUCCGCCGGUAGUCAGGAAGUCCUCAGGCGGUAAAUCUUCAAACACUUUCCCCAGAUCGACACCAAAACCCCCCUCCUUCCCCAGAGCCAACUCUACAUUAGCGUCAUCAGGGACAAAGCCUGCAGUUAAGAGCUCUGGGACGCCUCUGAAUGGCAUAACAGGAGCACAGUUCUCUCAGCACAAUGGACAUCUUGGCCUUCACUCCAAGGUGCAAGGAAAAAGCCAUUCGCUGGAGUCCUUACAGCGGAGGAAGGAUCCCGUCUGCUCUUCCACCUCCACCACCACAACUACUACUACAUGCACCUCAUCAGAGUCAGGUGCUUCCUCUUCUUACAGCUGGGACGGUCCACGAGAUCACUGGGCCAAAUCCUCCAGUCCUCGAGCUCGCACUAUGGCCACUUUCAACUCCCUGAUGGGCCGCAGCCUCAGCCUCGGCGACCUGAGCCAUUCCCUUCAGACGACGCAGAAGGUCGAGCGCAUAGUGAAGGAGGUGAGGCGUCGAGGUCUGAAGGCCGUGUCCGAGCGCGACCGCAAGAUCGCAGCGUUAAUGCUUGCCAGAUACCAGGAGGAAGACAUCAUGAGUCAGACUCGCUACGUGGCUCACCUACAGUGGGACAGCGAGCGCCGAAUGGACGAGCUACGCCGGGAACAGGAGGACAGGGAGAAGCAGCGCGCGGUGCUUCAGUGCCAGCGGGUGUGGCAGACCCAGGUGACGAUCCGCCAGCGAAGACUCAGCCAGCAGGAGCGACAAUCGACGGCUGCCAAAAUGAGACAGGCUGAGGAAAGCGAGGAGCGGUGGAGGGAGCUCUCGGAGCAGCAGGAGCGCAACCGUCUGCUGAGGUUACAGCAGGCGGCGCGAGAGGAGAAACAUAAGAAAGCCCUGCAGGAGCAGAACCUGAAGGCCCUGGAGGAGGAGAGGGCGGCCAUGCUGGAACAGGAGAGGCUGCUGCUGAAGGAGAAACUCACCAUGGCUGAGCUGAAGAGGCAAGAGAAGGAGCACCAGAGCCAGGAGGAGAGGCGCGGUCUGAACAAAGCGGAGAAGAGACGUCACGCAGCCCUGAUACAGGAGAUCGCCCGCAGAGAGCAGGAGGAGAGGGAGGAGGCCAGGAGGGCAGCGGAGGAGAAGCUCAGCCGCUCCCUGGAGAAUUACGAGCAGAUAGUCGAGCGUCGGGGGCAGGAGCUGAAAGAAAAGGCCAAGCGUGAGGAGAAGCAGAUCCAGAAAGCACGCAAAGCGGCAGAGAAGCGCGAGAGGCAGCAGCAGCAGCUUCUGGAGGCUCGCGUGAAGGAGGCAGAGAAACGAGCCCAGCAGGCGGCUUUGGUGGCCGAGGAGAGGGCCAAAGAGAAAGCUCAGCGGGCCGUCCAGAGCCGGCAGGAGAAGGAGAAACUGCAGAAGCUCAACAGGCAGCGAGUGGAAGAGGAAGAGAAGCAGAGGCGCCUUGAGCUGCUGCAGUCCAUCGAGAGGAAGCUGGAGAAGAGCGAGCAGAUCUUCAAGGAAAAGCGGGCGGUGCUGGAGAGCGCUCGCUCGGUGGCCCAAGCCUCUUUUCACGUACGAGACAAAGUGCGGGAGGAGACCAACAUGCGUACGUUUGAUAAAAUGGCCCUUGAAGCUCAACUCAAAGCCAGCCUGAAUGAGAAAUAAACUCACAGCUUCGUUUUGAACCGCGUACUUCUGGUCAUGUGCUUGGCUCUUGCCUUCAUUAUGGCCCUCAUCACUCAACAGCUUUACCCUUCUUCCCAUAAAGAGCCACAGUGUUAUUUUUUUCCUUACAUAUCUUCACCCAUCAGCUGAUUUGUUUACAUUUUUGACCAUCCGUUUUUAUUAUAGAUCCUUUCAAAGCAAACCAAAUCGUUUUGUACCGUGGAUAUAAUGAGACUGCAAUCUUCAUCAGCUGUUCUAAAUGAACAGUAGAGCCUGUAAGGCAAGUACAGUGGGCUUCAUAUUAGAUUAGAGUGUGGAGAGAGCUGCCUUGUGCAGACACACAACCCCUCCUCUCUCUUUCUCUUUGCCCUCUACUCUGUCGAUCUUGGCUACUGGACUGAAAGCUGUGCUGGAAUGAAAAGAGUUAUUGUUUACCAGGAAGCACAACUCCAUGACAACUGCAGAGGCUUUUACGGGAGCACUCCUGUAAGGGUAAAUGAAGCGCAAAUGGUUCUAGACCCCCAAAGCAAAUGAGGGAUGCUUUUGUACACGCACUGUGACACAGCUCGAUAUAGCAUGGAAGUAAAGCCCCGGGCUGGACGCUUGUCUGUACCUAACCGCUGACAAUGCAGCACAGGAGGGCCGUGCGCACGAGCCCCCGUGCUGAUGAAGCAUCAGAGGACGUUGAUUCCUGCAGUCUUUUUCCCUUCAAGGACUCCCUCUGUCUCACCUCUCCACGUCAGAUUGCAAUAGCGCUCUGAGAGACAGCCACCUUUUAUUCCCCCCAAAGCCGGUCUGCUCCCAACACAGCCACCUGCUGACCUGAGUCAACAGGUCCUGGUGAUGAACGAGAGCUGGAGAUGUAACCUGUAAUGGUCCUCCUUUCUUCCCACACUGAACUUCACCCAAGUCUGCUCAGAUGGAAAUACAUCCAUAUCUUUUCCUUUUAAACUAGUGAUAGUGCCAUAUUCUGUGCUGCUGAGAAGGAAUCCAGAUAUGAACCUACAGCCUGUUACCUGCAUAAAUGAAAUGACAUGUACAAGGUUCAAACAGCUUUAUUCACAUCAAGGCAUGUUGUUCAGUCCAUAAUAUGUUCCCUCUUGACUUCUCUCAACAUGUGGGCUUCUGUUUUGAAUCAUUUCUGGUAAGUUCUGGUAAGCAUUAUCAUAAAAUGCUUGCUUCAAUUAUUUACAUAGAGUUGCUUUAUCAAGGAGAGAUUUCGGAUGUAGCAAUAAUGAAAUGGUCAAGGUCAAUAUCAAACAUCUGUGAGUUCAUUGUUUUUCUAAAACAUCUGUUAAAGGUAAAGGACACAAUCUGUUCAUACAAUCAAAACCAGAAUAAUAAAAACAAACAUUUCACAAGAUGGAUUUCCAUUGUCUGUGCUAUCUGCUAAAUAGUUUCUGUAUACUGUAAAUCUAUUGUAGUAUUUUAGAAAAUAAGUACAAGGCUAGAGUCGGACACUGCCAACUAAAACAUUAUGAUUUAUUACAUGUUAUGUGUUACUGUAGUACAAUACCUUACUGAGGGAACCUGUUAUUCUUAACAUCAUAAUUACUCUUUGGCUUAAUCCCAUCUGAAGGUUUCUUAUCGCACUUUAGUACCAAACAGUUCCAGAAUCUAAACUCUAGAACUAACAGGCAUGUCCACCACAGGAACGUUUCCAGGGGAAAGAGGACCUUAUAAGGGACUCAGAAGAGAAAAUAAAUUGCAGGUGUUUUUUUGUUUUUCUUUAAAGCAAUAUCAAGAAAAUUGCCGUCGUAAUUGUCCAACUUCCUUACUCGUAAUUCCUGGAACUGUUUGGGAGAAAAGGGCUUUGAACCAGUGAAUCCAUGAGGGGGCUGAAAAACAACUGCUGUUACAUAUAAUAGCUUAAGUUAAUGUCUGUUAAACGUAUUGCAGAUUUCUGUGUACAAUCAUCUACAGUAUCCUAAUGGUGGGUUUGGGAUCAGGAUCUCUACAUUACUCACUGUGUGAACUGAAUAAAGAUGAGAACCAUUUCUCCUAUUUUAGCUUUAGCUCUUUUUUUCUCAAUCCUCUGUUUUGUUCAUGGCAUCCUUGCGAGUAAUGAUUUUGUACACACUCUCUCGGAAGCUGCUGUCAGAAGUCAGUCGCCGGGCCGUUUCCCGCAGCUCCUCCAUGCUGCCGCCGUCAGUAUUCGCUACAGCAAAAGACUUGGAGUGUUUUACUGCAAGAAAGCAGAAGUUUCAGUAUGUUAAAAAAGUAAUAGUAUGGUGGGGAUAAAGGCAUGUUGAAAAGUUAUGAAAGUUAUAGUAAGGUUCGUUGAAAAAAAGUGAUUAAAAAAGGCCAGUAUGUGGAAAAAAUUGAUAAAGAGGACAAAAGCGGUCCCUUAGUUACUAUAUCUGUACUAUGCCAAAAACAAAUUGGUUCUGUGGCUAAUAAACAUAAUAAACAGUCUA